AAACCUGUUGCCUGAAAAAGGGUGCACCCCAAAAUAAUCAACCACGAGAAAAGUAAAAAUAGUACAGCAAAAAUCAAUGAAACGUUAAGAAAAUUACAUGUUAAAAAUAUAUUCGUCAAAGGGUAAGUCUAUCACACAAAUUGUAGAAUAGAGGGAUUGCAGAGUUGGAAGGGACCUCAAGGGUCAUCCAGUCAACCCCCAUGUGAUGCAGGAAUGAAGAAGAGACAUAAACAAUGCAAGAUGAUGAGCACCCAAACUUGAGAAUAGGAUUACACUGUUAAGGGGUUGAAGUACAGGGGCUCCUAAAACAAUCUGGAGCUUGUUUUCUCUUUUAAUUUUGUAUCCUUAGUUUGUUUAAGAGGAUGACUAUUCCAAGUACAGUACAUAUUUAUCAUUUCUGUCUGUAUUGCACACCACUCUGAAGGAAAUUAACUAAUUCUGUUAUGGACAUUUUAUUACUUACCAUUGAACAAAUAAUUUCUUGUGAAGGGGAGAAAAAGUCAUGUUUCAUUAACACUGUUUCUUAGGGGCCAGGAUGGAAGCUGUGAAAGAAUGGAGUGUGCAAGUGUGUGAUCCACUUGCUGCUGCACAUUUUCUUAGUCAUGUCUUUACUAGAGGAGUUAGAGAAGAGGGACAGAGCAGGGUGUUGAAACAAGGGAGCAAUUCAAUUCUUUCCCAAUUUCCACUGGAGGGGAGGAUGCAACAGAAAAGGGGAAAUUCAAGAUUGAUCAGUGUGCGCACACUUGAGGAAGAAUCCUCAUUUCUUACAUGGGCUGCUGAUUAUCCUGUCUUUAUUCCUGUUCAUUUGUAGAGUGACAGUCAAGUUGCCAAACCUUACUUUCAUACACUUGAUUUUGAAUAAUUAUUAGUGAAUAGAGCAAAGGGCAGCUUUUGCUAGUUAGAGUAGAGUCAGUUUAUCAGUUUUGUGACUAGCAGUCUGAUACCAUCAGAUUUAGUUAGCAAGCAGACUUUAGUUAAGUCUAUAUUAAUUUGGCAGAUGACACAUUGCCAUCUUUUCUGCAACCCACUAUUCUUCUUGACAUAUUUUUUCUUUUGGCGAAUACUGCACAGAACAGGGGUCAGCCUGAAUUUAGUAUUCAGCAUGAUUACACAUAAUUUGUUAGUGCAUUCAGCCUUGAUGCAUAUAGCCAGAGCGGUUUAGAAUAGCCUUUGCCAGCCUGGUGCUCUUCGGAUGCCUUGUGCUACCACCUGCCCCAAACAGAUGUGCUGGCUGAGGCUGGCAGGAAUUGUAGUUCAAAUCUGGAGGGCAUUAGGUUGUUGAAAGCUGGUUUAUAGACAUGUACUAUUCCUGAGUUAUUGUGUAUAUUAUAGUUGAAAGGUUUGUUUACAACUUACUUUACUAGGUUAGAGAAGUAAAGGGAAAAUCCUGUGAUUAUAACGUCAUGUGAGGCUUCCCCUUCUUUUCUCUGCUGCAUUUUGCUAUGUAUAUGCACAUAUUGCUGUCAUCAUUCAUUUAAAUAAUUUGGAGUGGAAUAAAAUACAUUGGGUAGUGCAUGUUUAAAAGUAGAUCUUUGCUCGUCAUACCUUCCUAAAACAUGGAUGAUAAUUAGUGAAUUCUUGGAAUCAUAAUUUAGACUAUUGCUGUGGUAGUCUGUCAUCCAGAGCUCUUUCCCCAUUAAGUAUUGACUUGUAAAUAUUGUGACCAUCCACAUAUAUGUAGAUGAUGCUUAAAUAUGUAGAUGAUACUUGACAAUACAUACUUAUUUUCAUUUUAAAAACUCUAAAAUAAGGCUUAACAGUUUCUGUUGUUUAUUCUCUCAUGUCUGUAUACAUGCAUACAUCUUGGCUGGUUUGAGUGCUCUGUUCCACUUUCAGUGUGUCCUACUCAAUAACUUUCCUUGGUGCUAGUGAUACAUACUUUUGCAGUUUUUGUAAGCAUUUUGCACAAACAUUCUGAAUUCAAACUGCAACAUGCUUUUGUGUUCCUUCCCUUUACCUUAUUACCAUGUUUUAUUUUUCAUUUCCUUGCUUUUUGCAAUGAAUGACACAGCUGCUAGCUGGGAUGAUAUCAGAGCCUGCUUUUCUUUCUGAGUAUACUGUCUUUGCUUUGGAUCCCACCAAACGACAUAAGCCACAGAGUGAAAGUGUGAAUGUAUCUAAGCAAGCAACACCCAGCACUAAUAAUAAUGAAAGUGAACCAUCUUCCCCACAGCCUAGUGAUGUCCAGUCUUUUGCACAGAAGAUUCAGAUUCGAGUUCCUUCGAUGGAAUCAUUGUUUCGAAGCCCCUUAAAGGAAACUUUGUUCCGAUCCUCUUCUAAAGAGUCUUUAGUACGGACUUCUUCAAGAGAUUCACUGAACAAACUGGACUUUGAUUCUCCUGGUCCCACAUUUGAUCCACCAUCUGAUGUAGAAAGUGAAGCAGAAGAAUUGCCCGGAAAUGUAGACAGCCUUCCCAAGGAACAGCUGCUGCAGCGGUUGCGCAGGAUGGAACGAAGUUUAGGCAGCUACAGAGGAAAAUACUCAGAGCUGGUCACUGCCUAUCAAGCUGUGCAAAGAGAAAAGAAAAAACUGCAGGGAAUAUUGAGCCAGAGUCAGGAUAAAGCACUUCGCAGAAUUGGUGAACUGCGGGAGGAACUCCAGAUGGAUCAACAGGCCAAAAAACAUCUUCAGGAAGAGUUCGAUGCAUCUUUAGAAGAAAAGGAUCAACUCAUCAGUGUCCUGCAGACUCAGGUAUCAUUACUGAAACAACGAUUGCAAAAUGGCCAAAUAAGUAUUGAGUUACCUGAUCCAAAUGUUCAGACUCAACCACAAGUUCAGAGUCCAACAGAAGAUUUAAACACAGAGAAUGCUGUGCAACCAGAGAGUCCUGGCGGUGAUGGGGAUUCUGCUAAAACCCUAGAAGCUCUUACUCAGCGAGUGAAACGUCAAGAGAACUUGCUCCAUCGAUGUAAAGAAACAAUCCGCUCAUAUAAAGAGCGCUCAGCACAGCUAACCAAUGAAAAAGAGGCACUUCAGGAACAACUGGAUGAGAGACUUCAGGAACUAGAGAAAAUAAAGGAUCUUCAUAUGGCUGAGAAGACCAAACUGAUCACUCAGUUACGUGACGCCAAGAACUUGAUAGAACAGCUAGAGCAAGAUAAAGGCAUGGUAAUAGCAGAAACCAAACGGCAAAUGCAUGAAACAUUGGAAAUGAAGGAAGAAGAAAUUGCCCAGUUGCGUACUCGCGUCAAGCAGGUGGUUAUGCAAGGUGAAGAGUUAAAAGAACAGAAGGAAAAGUCUGAAAAAGCUGCAUUUGAAGAGCUUGAGAAGGCUCUCAGUGCAGCCCAAAGGACUGAAGAAGCACGCAAGAAACUGCAAGCAGAAAUGGAUGAAAGGAUCAAGGCUGUAGAAAAGGCAAGCGAGGAAGAGCGUGUGAGCCUCCAACAGGAAUUAACAAGGGUGAAGCAGGAGGUGGUUAAUAUUAUGAAGAAAUCUUCAGAAGAACGGAUUACCGAACUAGAAAAGUUACAUAAAAGGGAAUUGGCUAGCAAAGAACAGAUAUUAAAUGAUAGAUUACGGGCUCAAGACCAGGCGUUUCAGGAACAAAUGAAAACAGCUCUUGAAAAGUGCCGGAGUGAACACCUACAGACUACACAAGAAAAAGAACAACAGGAAUCGUUAGCCCUAGAAGAACUGGAAUUGCAGAAAAAAGCAAUUCAGUUGGAAUGUGACAAAAAACUAGAGGACAUGCAGCAAGAAAUAGAAACCUUCAAAACCAGAAUUCUAGAAUUGGAAAGUUCCCUUCCAAAGUGUUCGCAGAAUGACAACCAGUUGGAGGAACUGACUGCUCAAAUAGAAUCAGAAAAGAACAGGCACAAUAAAGAAAUCACUGCCAUGGUUGAAAAACAUAGAGAAGAACUUGAGGAUGUGAAACGGCAAGAACAACAAGUUUGGACAGAAAAACUUGAUACAUUAACACUGCAGAAGCAGUCGGAAAUGGAGAAAUUGAAAAUGCAGCUUGAUGAAGUGACUAAAGUAUUGAAAGAGAAAGAGACUCAAUUUCAUGGCCAUAUAGAAGAGAUGAAUGAAAAAACUUUAGAAAAGCUUGAUGUGAAACAAACUGAGCUAGAAGCACUCUCUUCUGAGUUAUCAGACACACUAAAAAUUCGUCAAGAUCUUGAACAGUGUUUGUCGAAAUUAAAAGAUGAUGCAGAUAAAGCAAAGCUAGAGUUUGAGGCAAAGCUGGAGCAAGAGAAGAAUCAUCAUAAGGAACAAGUUAAAACUAUCUUUAAAGAUAAGGAAGUCAUGGAGAAAACAUUCAAAGAUGAAAUUAGUCAACUCAAGCUACUCUUGGAAGAAAAAGAGAAAUGCCAAGUGGAAUUGGAAGAGCAUUUGAAAACACUGAAGGAAUCUCUUGGAAAGGCUGAAAUUGAAUGCAAAGAAAAGUCUACUGAACUAGAUGGCCUUUUUCAGUCCAAUGAGAACAUGGCCAGAGAACAAGCAAGCAUUUAUGAGCAAAAGUUAAUAGAUUUGCAGCAAAAGCUGGUAAAUGUGGAAGCUGAAAAAUCACGUCUUGGUGAACAGAUUGUAAAAACCGAAGCUGAACUGAAUGAACUCAAAGCUGAAUUAAAGUUUCGGAUAUCUGACGUACAUGAUCUGAAAUGUGAACUUGAUGAGCAAAAGAAAGAAAAUAUGCAGAAAGUGUCAUCUCUGACAGAACAGCAUGAAUCACAGUUAAGAGAUCUCAGAGAAGAGGUAAAUCAGGCAAAGAGUCAUUUUACUGACAAGGAAAAUGAGCUUGAGCAAACAAAGGGGCUAUUGAAUCAACAAAUUGAGAAAGUUGGACAGCAGCUAUCAGCCAAAGAGGCAGAAAUUAGCGCUUUAAAGAGUGAAUAUGAAAUUAAAUUUAAGCAACAAGAGACCCAAAUGGAGAAAGUUAAAGAAAAAGGAAAGGAAAUGCAGGAGAGAUUCAAGAAGAAACUUUCAGAGCAGGAAGCAAAACUCAAAAAGGAGAUGGAGAAUAAACAGUUGGAAUUUAGUCAGAAAGAGAAGCAAUUCAAUUUAAAAAUGUUGGAAAUGGCCCAUGCCAGUUCAACAGGAAUUGAUGAUGCUGUAUCAAAACUGGAGAAGAAUCAGAAAGAACAACUAGAAAGCCUGCUUGAAGCUCACAAACAAGAACUAGAAGAAGUUGUCCAAAUGUGGGAGAAGAAGCUGAGUCAGCUGGCUGAAGAACUUGGAGAAAAGCAUGAAAUGGAAUUGCAAGAAAAAGAUCAAGAAGUAGGAGACCUGAAACAGAAACUGGCCACCUUCAGUGUUGAAAGGGAGGACAGAAAUGCAGAUAUUACUCGGUUAAAGAAUGAACAGACAGAGAGGGACAAAUUGUUGAAUGAGUUGCAAGAACAGCUACAGCAAACAUUAGCUCAAGUCACUGUUUUGACGCAAAGAGAAACUGAUUUUAAAAAGCAACUUGAGAAACUAGAGGAUGACCUUAGUUUGUCUCUGAAGGAGAAGAUAGAAGUCCAGGAACAGCUAAGUGAAGUAAAAGCAGUAGGAGAAAAAGAGAAUAACAAAGUUGGUGAGCUGGCAGAGAAGUUGAAAACAUAUGAUGAACAACUCAAGGCUCUCAAAUUGUCACAUUCUAAAGAGUGUGAAGAUUAUGAGAAAAAACUGGAGGACAAACACUUGGAGCUUCAACAAAAAAAAGUGGAAUUUGAGAAGCUUGCAAGGGAUAUAGCUACACAACUAGAGGGUUACCAGCAGAAAGCAGAAUCUUUCCUAGAAGUAAAAAUCGCUGAACUGCUUGAGAAAUGCAAUGAAAAAAUUUCUUCUGCAAUUUCUAGAGUUGUACACUGUCACAAUUGCACAACAAAAAUUAAAGAAACAAUAUUAAUUAAAAUCACUAAAAUUCCUGACCUAGAAGCUCAACUUAAACAAAUAAGAGAGAGUCAUGAUACUUUAACCCACUGUUUCAAAGAAUCAAAACAACACUUGCAAGAAAAGGAAAACUUGAUAAUGUCUAUGAAAGUGGAUGUUGACAGACUCGAAACAGAAAAAGAGCAAUUGCAAAAAGAAGGAGGACACCAGCAGGAAGCAGCAACAGAGAAAGAAACUUUCAUCACACAAUUGAAGAAAGAAUUGUCUGAGCAUAUUAAUGCUGUCACUUCUCUGAAGAAGGAGCUAAAUGAAAAGAAGGCAAACAUCACUGAUCUUAACAAGCUUGUCAGUCAGCUUGAAAUCGACAAAUCUGAAAAAGAUGCUGCCACAACUCUGUUAAACAAGCAACACAAAGAAAAUCGACUUCAGCUGUUGAAUGAGGUGCAAGAAUUGUCUUCCAGAAUUGAAACACUGAGUCAAGAAAAAGCAACUGCUCUUGAACAGGUAGACCACUGGAUGAACAAGUUGUCGGAGUGGAAGAAGAAAGCCCAGUCAAGAUUUACACAGAAUCAUAACACGAUUAAAGAAUUACAAAACAAAGUUGAACUCGGUAAUAACCAUGCUAUUGAAAAAGAAGAGGAAUUGAAUAAAAUGAAGGAAGUUUGUGAUAAGCAAACCAAGCACAUAGAGCAUUUGAAAGGCUUACUGGAACAAAAGCAGAUUGGAAGAGAAAAACAAGAGUCUGAUUUGGUAGCCGAGUUAAAAAUCCAUACAGCAAGAAUUGCUGAGCUUGAAGAACACAUCACUCGGAAAACAGCAGAAAAUGAUUCCUUAAUGGAUGAACUCAAAAGGCACAAUGAGCAGAACAAUGAGCAAAAAGAGCUGGCACAAGAGCUUCAACAAACUCGGGUGGCAGUUAUUCAAAAGGAUAAAAUGCUUAAGGAGAUGGAACAAGAAGUACUACUUUUUCAAAAGAAAAUGCAGACCAUGGAAGUUGACCUUGGGGGAAAAUCAAAAGAAUUUGAAGAAACAAAAGUGGCUUUAAUGAAAAGCAAAGAGGAAGAAUUAAAGUCUUUGGAAGAGAGGCUUACUUCAGAAACCACUGCUAAAAUAGGAGACCUGAAAAAAAAGGCUGAACAAAAAAUUGUUUCUAUUAGGAAGCAACUGACAUCUCAAAUGGAAGAAAGGGAACAGCAAUAUAGACAAGACAUGGAACAGCAGUUAAAGCAAAAAUUGCAAGACAAAGAAGACAAGAUUACGUAUUUAGAAGACAAAAUUAGAUCAAUCAACUCUGAGUUAGAAAAGGAGAUGAUACAGAAGGUAGAAACCAUAAAGGUUUCCACAGAACAAGACAAAGUAUGUGCAUUAGGGAACAUGCAACAGAUGUAUGAAUUAAAAAUAGAUGGUUUACAAAAAGAUUUAUUGGAAAAGGAGAGACAGCUAAAGAAGUAUGACGAGGAACAAAAAGCAAGUAGUGUUUCAAAGCUAGAGGCUCAGUAUCAACAAGAAGAACUCUGUAAAAAGGAGCAAGAAGACCACUGGCUCAUUGAAAAGCUUCAACAAACACUUGAGGAGCAAAUUAAGAAACAUGCAGCUAUCCAAGAAGAAUUGAAAACCAAAGAACAAAAAGAGCAAAAUAUGGAGGAUAUGAUUAAAGACUUGCAGGAAAAGCUGCAAGAAAAGGAGGGAGAGAGGCAGACUUUGCAACAAAAGAUGCACAGUUUGGAUGAAGCUUUAACAAAAGAGAGAGAACUGAACAGAAUUGAGAUGGGAGCUACUAUUUCAAAACAUGAUGAAAAUUUGCAGGGACUCCAACAGCAGCUGGAGGAAAGAAAUGGCCUUAUAAAAGACUUGAAAGAAAGCACAGAAGAAAAGAGUAGAUCAGUCCUUGAGCUUCAGAAACUGCUUGAUGAUCUGCACAUCGAGCAAAAGGAUUUGCAAGCUAAAGUGGAGGAGACUGAGCGGGAGAAACAGAAACUUGCCAAAGAUGUGAGUAGGCUACAGAAGGAUUUACGCAUCCUGCGGAAGGAACAUCAGCAGGAGCUGGAGAUAAUGAAAAAAGAAUCAGUAGAAGAAAUGGAACAAAAAAUAAAAUAUGAACAGGAGGACAUUGAACUGAAGCACAACUCGACAUUAAAGCAGUUGAUGAGGGAAUUCAAUACCCAGAUGGCACAAAAGGACCAAGAAAUAGAAACUGCCAUAAAAGAAACAAUCAGUAAAGCUCAGGAGGUUGAAUCUGAACUGAUAGAAAGUCAUCACGCAGAGAUAACUCAGUUACAUAAAAAAUUGCUAGGAAAGGAUGAUGACCUACAAAGGACAGUGAAAAAGUAUGAAGAAAUCCUUGAGACUCGAGAAGAAGAAAUGUCAGAAAAAGUAAAUGAGCUUCAGAACCAGUUGGAGAAAUUGCAGGAGGAGUACAAACAAAGACUGGCAGAUGAAGAAAGCUGGAACAGUGGUGAAGUAACAAUAGCUGAACUUCAGGCCCAGCUAGCCCAGAAGACAACACUUGUCAGUGAUUCAAAGCUGAAAGAACAGGAAUUCAUAGAACAGAUUCAUACACUACAAGACCAGUUGAAAAAUUACGAGAAGAAUAUGUAUGUCACAACAGUUGCAUCGCCUUACAGAGAUGGCAACCUCUGCCAUUCAGAUGUCUCUCUUUUUGGAGAACCGACGGAGUUUGAAUACUUAAGGAAGGUGUUGUUCGAGUACAUGAUGGGCCGUGAGACAAAGACAAUGGCAAAGGUUAUAACCUCAGUGCUGAAAUUCCCUGCUGACCAAGCACAGAAGAUCUUGGAUCGAGAAGAUGCACGGGCAUUGUUCACCUCACCUCGCAGUGGCAUCUUCUGAAUAAGCCAUCAAUCAGUGCUUUUAGUUAGCAUGUGGUCCUGGCUGCGAUCGUCCUCUUGAAGAACUUGCAACACAUGCACUUUGUAGCAGAUGACGCUCCUUUGAAAUCUGAUCAUAUCUCCAUGCUAGCUCUAUGAAGAAUGGACAGGAGAAGAACUACUACUAUUCAUUGCCCCACGUGAAAUGAGCAUAAUUAAGAACAAUGAUGGGUUGUGGGCUGGGCAUGAAUGUAAUCAAACAGUUGUCUUGAAAGAUUGCCUUAUCUGGUGAUGGAGUGCUUAUAUUGAACACAGUUUUCUAUUUUGGUUUAGAAUAUUUUUUAAUAAAUGUUUUGCCUCACUGCAAUACAGAUCUCACAGGAUCUCAAAUUAAUGGUUUGACUGCCCUAUUUAUUUUUAACAGUUUUAUCAUCUGAAAUAAUUGUGCAAUACACUUUGAGUGGGUAGGAGGCCUUGGUGAUGUUCUUGGUAAAUUAAACCUCUUUCGACUUUUUCCUCCCUCACAAUUUGAUCUGUUGAUUGUUUGCUAAAGGUAAUUUCUUUCAAGCACUUGCUUUAUAAUGAAUCCGAAAUGCAGUACCUCAUUUGUUUAUGCCUAGCUUUUGUACUUAUAUUUUGUGGGGAAUAAAUUUACACUCCUGUAAAUUGUAAAUAGUUACUACUUACUUGUAUCAUAAGCUGAUCUCUGACUGUUGGCAGUGCUAAUCUUGCAGAGCUGGGAGAGAAUAAAACUUCUAUUUACUGUACAA